AUGAAGAUGGUCCGGGAGUUUGAGAGCGCCGUGGGUAUCAUGGUCGAGCAAAUCCGCAACUACUGCCAGAACAACAACAUGCACUACCUUGCCCAGAAGAAGCAUUAUAAUAAUCUCCUCCAAGCUGAGCGCGACGCCCAUCUGGAAAGCAGACUCGACCGGGACUACUGGCAUGCCCAAACCAUGAAAUGUGCCGAAAUGAUCCGCACCGCCUACCGUCUCAAAUGCGAAGAAGAUGAUGUCCCUACCCGUGUCAUCACUGGUCUGCAGAAUGAAGUUCGUGCCUAUCGCUUUGCGCUUGGUAUGGAACCCGAGAAACCUGAAGAGGAGUAUGGCUGGGAAUACCUCAAGAAUAUUCCCGGUCUGGAGUAA